UUUUCACUUUGGUAUCACCACACAUUGGUGAAUUUUGCAAGAUGAUAAGUGCCCAUUUCCUGCCUGAAGUUUCCACAACCAAUCAAACCUGUCCUCUCUGAAUACUACACCGUUUCUCUUGCUUUGGAAGUAAAAAGUUAUCAAUCAAGUCAACCCUAGCUAUGCUAUUGCCAAGUUUCUUACUUGCCUUUUAUCUGAUAAGCUACUGUGGAACCUCUAGUGCACAUCCAACUUUAUCUGCAAAACAAUUGGCAGAAGAAGAACCCAAAGAUGUUGCUUUAAGAACUCAGCUUCACCUUCACCAAAAGAGAAUGGAUAGGUUUUAUGAGAUAAUUGGGACAGCUGAGACAAACCAAGCUAGAACACAAAAGGAAGCAAACCAAGCUAGAACACAAAAGGAAGGCACUCUUGAAUCAUUGAUGGAAAGAACUGCUAGUCCAAGUACAGCAGAGCUAGUUCAAGUCAAUGCCGAUAACAUCAGAAAUAUGUUAAAGUCCAAUCAACAAGCUGCCAGUGGUUCACAAGCAGCUGCAGCUAAUAAUAAUCCUCCACAACCUCAUAAUGGUGCUUGAAAUGUAUUUGAAUCUAAGAAAAAUUUAAAAGAUAGUUUGAAAUAUUGGUGGUCCAAAAAAUCAAAGAAAAUAUCAGACAUAAAGUUUCUUUAAUUUCACCAUAUGAUCAAAUGAAUGAGAAAACAUCUGAUUCUAUCUCUUUUUAAGUUUUCAUUUCACUUUUAUUUGCUCAAAUGGGCUCACAAUAAGUCUUGUUUCCCUUUUGGUUCUCCUUGAUUAUUAUGUGAGGCUCUUCACUGUUCGGUCAAUUUACACAAGUGGUACAGA